CUCACGUCACUUUAAAUAGCCUGCUCCCCGCCCGGUCCACUUUUAACUUACUACUAAAUAUCUACUAUAUCCGUCCAAUUGAAUUACCCGGCUACAAGCUAUCAUGCCGAGGUCUGCUUUAAAAACUUAUAUCUGUUAGAAACCCGAAAGCUUUUCAUUUUUUUUUCUCAACAGACAGAGUUUUGGCAACAAAGUGCGACACAUCUUUUUCUCUUGAGAAUGUGGCUAACCUAACUGGUGAAAAAGAGAGGCGGAUUCUAACUCAUUGAAUGAUUAAGAAGUUUGAGUGUCUUUUCGACAGUGAGAAAUACAUGACAUCCCCUAAACUUCAACAAGAACAGAGGACGACCAGCAGAAGAGCCAACUCGGAUUUUGAGACUUUGAUACCAGCUCGCAGACAUACAGUGAAAGUGAAGAGAAGAUGUUGUCUCAGCUGAGUGAGCUGAUAUGGGCGGACUGGAUUUGGUUUCCUGAAGGCUACGGCUGGGCUGAUCUGACGGACCACGACGAUGUCGUCUUCCCCAAAUCAAAAGACCUCUGGGCCACCAUACCAAUUGCGAUUUGCUUCCUGGUCAUCAGACAGAUAUUUGAGAGGACGGUAGCGACUCCUCUUGCCUCCCUGCUGGGAGUGAGUGACAAGCAGCGUGUUCGUGCUUCCCCAAAUCCUGUCCUGGAGUCUUAUUUCUGCAGCACAUCAAAGCAUCCCACACAGAGCUCCAUCGAGAGUUUAAGUAAACAGACAGGAUUUUCAGUGCGACAGGUCCAGAGGUGGUUCAGACGGCGGAGGAACCAGGACAGGCCAAACAAACUCAAAAAGUUUCGGGAAGCGAGUUGGAGAUUUACCUUUUACCUUCUUGCUUUCUUUGCUGGCCUGGCGGUCCUUAUCGACAAACCCUGGCUCUAUGAUAUGAAGCUGAUGUGGGAUGGCUUCCCAAAAAUGCCCCUGUUACCUUCACAGUACUGGUACUACAUGAUCGAGCUGGGCUUCUAUCUCUCCCUGAUUUUUAGCGUAGCAUCAGAUGUCAAACGUAAGGAUUUCAAAGAGCAGAUAAUCCACCAUGUAGCCACCAUUUCCCUCAUCAGUUUCUCCUGGCUGGUUAAUUACAUCCGUGGAGGGACUCUGAUCAUGUUGGUGCAUGAUGCUGCAGACUAUCUCAUGGAGUCAGCCAAAAUGUUCAACUACGCAGGUUGGAGAAAAACCUGCAACUUCAUUUUCACCGUUUUCGCUGCAGUUUUCAUCGUCACCCGCCUCGUAAUCCUCCCCUUCUGGAUCAUAUACACAACAUGGGUGUACCCCCUGACCCUUUAUCCUCCCUUCUUUGGCUUCUACUUCUUCAAUGGGUUGAUGUUGGUGCUUCAGGCCCUGCACAUCUUCUGGGCUGUGCUCAUCCUACGCAUGGUCAUCAAGUUCCUGCCCAGCAACGCUAUCGUGGAGGAUGAGAGGAGUGACAAAGAUGAGACAGAGUCAGAAGAUGAAGUUGAGGAAAAAUCUAAAAAUGGCCAUGUGCAGAACGGCCAUGCACUCCUUAACAACAACCACCGUAAGAUGGACUGAUGGGACAUUGGGGAGGCUAUGUGAGGGGAGUCACGUGGUCUUCACCUGAAAGCCAAAGAACGAGGGCGAGGCAUGUUGAAAGAGGCAGCACACACACCAUCUCUACCCACCUUCCUAAACCCCUGGAUAACCUAACUUCUGAGGAAGUCUGCGAUGGUGAACCAAAAAGAUCAGCUUCGUACCUCAGAAGCAAAGAGGCUUCCUGGUUACUUACUCUUUAUCCCCCCCUUCUAUUAGUCUGAUUUUGUCAUUAUUGUGCUGUUGUCCAAGUCACCACGUGCCUAAUCUGCCUGCUUGUAGCUUUAGGUUUUGAUACUGGAAAUGUUUUAAAGACAUUUGGUCAAAACCCUUCUAAGUAUUACUGGCCUUAAAUCUGACUGAUUUUUCGCUCUAAGUUACCACACAGUGGCAUUGUGAGGAGUUGAAUGAGGCAGUGUCUUUUCUAUGGACCAUAAUCUGACUUAUCCACUGAACUUGCAAUUUAGUUGAUACAGCUGCCAAUGGUGUUGCUAAAGUGUCCAGCAAUUUAAAAAAAAAUAAUUAGGAGGUAAAUAAUGUGUUUUUAGCAGUGUGAAAGAGUGCAAGAUGGUGCUCGUGUUGUUGAAAUGUGCCUUUUGUGGAAGUUUGUCUUAAAUGCUUUGCUUUUUGAAAGCAGAGCGCACAGAAGAUUUAUGUUUAUAAAGCAUAAACACAUUUUUGUUUGGUUAUCUUUUUUUUUUUAGUUGUAUGAUUUUAAUUUUGAUUGUUUUUUUUUUUGUUUUCAGUCCAGUUGAGCAUGAAAUUGUUUGGGAGCAAUGUGUUAAACCCAAAUCAAUCAGUAACUGUUAAUGGAUUCUUUGUGAAUUGGAAGAGUCUACAGCAUUUCCAUUCAGCAUAAUUCUCCCAUCCAUCCAUCCAUCCAUCCAUCCAAAGAUGCACUUUAUGGUUCACUCUAUAGAUCAGCAUUGACUAGAUAGCAUCAAAACAAGCUUUGCAAUAGUGUUUGAUUCAAAUUCAGACCUGAUUUAGUUGAAAAGGGUUGAAAGUAUGAUUAAAUUUUGUUUUAUAUUUAUUUUAAGAAUUAUUAUCCACCCAAGGUCUUCCUCUUUGUCAGUGUUUUUGUUCAAAAAAAGAAAAAAAAAGUUUAAAGAGAGGUUAAAAUGAAACACCAAAGUUUACAUUUUCUACUUGGCUUUGUAAUGUCAAGUGCCUUUAUCAUUUCAAGUGUUUAUUGUUCCUUUGUCUUUAUAUCUGGCGUAUUGUGUCCAAAAACAUCCAACACUUUUUGCACUGUUAACACUCUGUGCCUUUAAAUUUGUCUGUUUGCUUCACACAUCACAAAUCUGUAUCUCCCUCUACAGAGCCCUGCUUCUACAGAAGGUGUUUUUAUUCUACGUUGUGUUGCUGAGAUGUAAAACUGUAAUGACCAUAAUGAUAAAGAAUGAUUGUGAAUGA